CUCGAGUAUCGCAUGGACUUCGGUAUCCUGAACAGUGCAGUUAAGCUGAUCAUCAAGGGCAAGAAUGCCGUUGAUGAGGUGGAUGAAGACUUCGGGAAUGCUGAAGACCUCUGUCAAGAAGUCUUGGAUAUGUGGGACAGCGUGGAGACCCUGGUGAAAAAAUGCGAAUCGCAGAGAGUUCAUCCAGAUUUACGCCAGCGCUUAGUGGAUCUUCAGGCAGAGAUGGAACCGUUAUCAACAAAGUGUAAACAGAUCCUCAAGCUGAAGGCACGGCCCAAUGCCAAUCUGCAGAUCAUAUUGCGAUUCCAAGGACAGAAGUUGAAGAGAACAAUCAAAGAAGUCAAGCAGAGGCUUAGCAGCUUGGUCGAGGCUUUCCAGUUGGAAGAGUCCGUAGCCUCCGGAAUGAACCAAUACGAGCAAACGGCAUUGUUACGAGACCUGAACCAGGCAGUUGCUGAGGUUCUUCAAGAGCUGCGAACAAAUAGAACCGAGAAUAAGGGUCAGGAAAGUAGCACUCUCAGCCAAGUGAAAGGCGACUUUCAUGACCCCGAAAGGCGACAUAGCGACCGUAAGCCUAGGAAAAGAACGAGCGACCCCACGUUAAGAGUGCCAUCGCAUGUUAACGGAAAAAUAACGCCAGUCAUCCCACCUCCAAGACCGGCUAGCAUGCACGCAGACCCGGGCCAGUCUAAGCCGCAUCCGAGCCCCUGGCCAUGGCAUGCGCACGCUUCGGCACGGUGGUAUCCACCUAGCAUAGCACUGACACCCGCGUCGCCUUCAUAUACGGCUGUUGCGGAUCCAUGGCAGAGCGGAUACAUGCAGCUAUUCCCACUGUUACAGGGUCCAAUUCAUGCACUGUCGCCGCCGCCGGUGAUACUACCAUAUCCACAUGCUCCAUCCAUAAUUUUCUCCUCGUCAUCGAGCUCUUACUCAGAAUCAUACCAGGCGGAAGGCGGGACCAUUGUUCACAAAAUAGAACGCGGGGCGGUGGGUGGUGGCAGUGGUCAUACCAAGGACGCGCCCAGGAAGCAGGGCCAGGCAAGGCGAGGAAGGAGCUCUUCAGUCGCACCUGAGAAGAGGUCGAGUAGCCAAGUAGAGGGAGCGAACAAAAAGCCUGCCCCUGGCGCCGAUACGUCAAAGGAGAGCGGAUCCAAAGAUAAGGAGUCAGAUAAAGCGCCACAACGCCGGCGGGCUGAACAAGCUGCUGAGGCUUCGUCGAAGACUGAAACAAAACCCUCCGGUCCAGCUGCCCCCAAACCACAGGCUGGAGUGAAGAAUUCAAAAGGCACAAAGGCGAAGAGGGUAUUAGAGACAUCAGGCAAGGAGCAAGCCAAGGCGGACACGAAACUCAGGACCAAAGGAGACCGUCAGGAGUAUCCGACAGAUGAUCGCAAACAUGGUUCUGGGCAGGCGGCAGCGGAGAACGAACACAAUACAUCCAUAGCUGCGGGGAAUCCGAAAACUGAUAAGUCAGGUACAGAGUCCGCGUCGGAGCCAACGCAAGGCAAGACGGGAUCCAGAACGCGGGACUCCAUACCUCAAGCAAGCAAAUCCGUAAGGAAGAAGCCUGCCGGGGAUAAAUCGGACACGGGAGCACCUAGGAUAGAGGAGAAAUGGACGAACAAGACGGAAACUCGACAAAAGGAGUAG